CAGUUCGAGCGUCUCGAGAUCUCUGGAUGCUCCCCGAUCGUGUGCUGAGACUGCAACUUGCUACCGCUGGCUUAGACUCAUAACCAGUCAGUCUUAAAUUAGCGCUGUUGCGGAGCAGCAGAGCAACGGAGAAAAACGUGUUGGAAAACUACGGCCCAGAAUUGCUACAAAGCGAUUGUGUUUUUUAACCCUUCCGAAGUUCUGUGCGGAAAGUGCUCGAAUAAUGGUAGCAGCACGAAUAAUUAUCUCCCUUCUACUGCUGGUGGUGCCAUCUUGGUGUGAACGAGGAAAAUCUUUUCACAGCAAAAUCAGUGCUUUGAGUGAUUCGAACAGCCGAUUUCUGUUUCAUAGUUACUACAAUGGUCGCGAUCGAGGCCACGAUCAGCAUCAUCAGAGCCACAAGAAGCAACUAGAGUCAACUACAAUCGGUGGAAGUGAAGAAGAACUGAGCACCACAAUUCCUCCCGCUCUUCCUCAAUCAGCAGUUUCGGAUCUAUCUUACGAAAAAUCACUGCCUCUUAGGGUGCUGAAUUGCAUGGCCAAGAAGUCAAUACUAGAUUGUGGCAAACUGUACCUCCUGCAGAACAUGGAGUCGAUGGAUUACAACUUUGAAACUACCACAAAUCUUACCCACGACGUCCAGCAGAUAUUCCUUCCUUCUUAUCGGGAACCGGAUAACAAGCUCUUCGAAGAUCAUCUGCUGCUACUCGACUCCACGGAGGUCGACAAACGGAUCAACCGCGGUCUCGCGAGGCUAUUCAACAAACGACAGGUUGAUAUCCGGUUCCUCCCGGGAUUCGGACUACGUAUCACACCCAGCGCAGACGACACGAUGGAAUUUUCGAUAAAAAAAUCGCUCCCCUCGGAGGAGGAGCGCGCCAGUAAAGAUGGUGGUGGUGGUGGUGGUGGCAAGAAAGGAUACAAGCAUCUUAUUCGGUUGGGUGUUCCAGUGGUGCUGUUGCCCACGAUGCUGCUGGCCGGUGUGAUGCCGAUGAUGAUCCCGGUGCUAAAAUUUGCUACCUUCUUCACCAGCUUUGUUAAUCAUGCUGCGCUGGCUGCGGCCGUUAUGUACCUCGCGAAACAACAUGCCCAGGAGCAAGAGGACAAACAAACCAUUUAUUUUAAUGCGGGGUAUAAUUAGCUGCGCGCGUUGGAUGGUGCUCGACGGUGGUGAUGGGAUGAGGGGAAUUUGCGGUGUUAUUUAUACUUUUCGUCGCUUUUCUAACCUAUUUAUUUAUUGUUGUAAGUAAAAUGUUAUUUCGAAUAACGUCACUAUUGCCUGCAACGUUACACGGAAAAUCGGAUUAAUGGUUACUGUGUGUUGGAUUUCAAACAUAGAAAUUAUAUGAAAUGAGACAAAUAAAUUCAACUACAUGAAUUGCACUCAAAGAGAAUCAUAUUGAAUUAGAGUUUCGAUCACUUUUUCUAUAGAUACGACUGAAUAUGUUAGGUGUAAUAUUUGAUAUAAAAACAACAUUUUUAUUUAUUA